GACACAUUGCCCUGGUGUAAGCCGUGCUCCCAAGAGAGUAAUCACCGCCAUUGUGUCAUGCGAGUACCAGAAGAUAUGGGAAAAGAGACUACUACCCAAUUCAGGUAUAGAAUCCCCCGACCUGCCGGCUAUUUUCCCCGCUUUCUCCUCGCUCUUAUCUCCGACGGCGAUGCCCUAAUCCCAACAAGGCAGGCUAUCAAAGCAUCCCUUCCUUGAUGCGAGGGGCAUUCAAAAGCAAUCUAGACCCCGCUCUGACCAGAAGAGUGAAGAAGCCUCGAGGCAUCCGGCGGGACCGGCACUGCCAUGCCUGUCGAGCAAGAAACAUCAAAUGCGACCUGAACCGGCCUCGAUGUCGCUCUUGCGCGCAAGACCGGCGGACGUGCACAUAUCCCAGACGAGUGGUAUGGAUGGAAGAGAAGAGUUCCUCCCCGUCAUCUUCACCGUCACCAUCCUCGGUCCUCCCGGCCACUCAACUACCCACCCCAUCCAAGGAAACCCAAACUAGUAAUGAAUCCCAAUCCCACACCCCCAUCGGCCUCUAUGGCUUCGUCGACCUCCUCGCAAACUGCUACUACCGCAUCCGCGCCUCCCAGCGCGGCUUCCCCACCGAAGCCAUCGAUCUGAUCGCACGCACCCUCGAGUUCGCGCGCUCACGCAUCAACGGGGCCAAGCAACAACAACCUACCUCAUCGACCCUCACAUCCAUCCAACUCAACGUAGCAGUCCUCAUGGGUCUCAGCCAACUGGUCGGAUCCGCCCACCCGCUCGCCCUCUUCGGCAUCGCCACCUUCGCCAUCUUCGAAGUUUGCAGCGGCUCCUUCGGACGCUGGCACUGCCAUCUUCACGGCGCGCGGUCCUUACUCGAUCUGCACUGUCGUAAUCGUGCCGACUUCGAGACGCUCAGUCGCAGAAUCACCGGUCUGGCCGAUGUCCUGAGCUACCUGGUCUGGUUCGACGCUACGGGGGCUCUGAUGCGUGGGGGGAGCUUGAUCUUCGAUGAUUGGCACCGCGAGACGCUGCAGAAGAGCUUUUUUGAUUCCGUGGGCUGUCCGCCAGAGACGUUUGAUUUGUUUGUUCAUCUUGCGAAGUACUGCGAUAGAGAUCGACGCGCCGCUCUUGAUGCAGUGGAUCUCACAUGGCGCGCAAUGGAUCAGAUCUUGCAAUCGCAAUCGACCGACUGCAUGACCGAUCGGGGUCGCGCGGCUGUAGUGUAUCGAUAUACGGGGGCCAUCGUGGCAUUUACCCGCGCGGGCUGUAAUCAAGGUACUACACCUACUACUAAUACUAUAUCGACAACGAUGCUGUCCUCCCGCGUGGUAUCGUCCAUGGUAGAUAAAGUGUGCGAGUCCGUGACUCAGAUGGACGUGAACUCACAGUUUUACAUCCACAUGGCAACGCCUGUCUAUUUAGCGGGGAUGAAUGCAACGACCGAGGCGCAGUGUUUCGUUUUCCGGACGUACUGGCGAAAUUGCCAGUUAGGUGAUUUUCCGCGCUAUCCGGAUGGACAAGCGCAGUGUGAGCGGAGGUGGAGACAUAAUCGGGUGAUAGUGUAGAUGGUAGAUGCAUACAUAGUAUAUAGG